CUGACAAGAGGUCGGAAGAUGGCGCCCGUGCAGCAUGGACUAUGAAUCAUGUGGAGUGUGGGCUGUCUAUGUGUACGGAAGCUGAGAGGGAUCAACACCGCACAACACUAGAGGGGACGAGUGCCUGGGGACAUGGUGUGUCAUUCAGCAUAAGGAACCACAGCAGGCGGCAGGGGAUGCAGGCAUUCCACACUCCUGGAAGUGUGACCCCUGUGAGGAUUCUACAGACCAUAGCAGUGGAAUAGGUCUGCCCCUUAAGCCACAGUGAUGAUGGCCCAGCCUUACCCUGCAGACUGGGAUGAUGAUGAACGGAUGUCAUUUUUAUUCUCUGCCUUCAAAGGGACACGAGAUGUGAACAGUGCGGACUGGGACAGUAAAAUGACAUUUUGGAUGCCACUGAUUUUGCAGCAUGCCAAGGCUCAAGGAAUGGUCAGUGUCACACUGCGCCAACUACAAUCGCACUUCACCCGCAAGGGCAGCACUCCAUUGGGUUUGGCAACGGUGAUCCAAGAGAUGCUCAGACGUGGUUGCCUGUACCAAGAGUCAGAUUUUGUGUCUAGAAUCUCCAGCGGCUGGAUCUCAUGGGGCAUGAGGCAAAUCGUAAUCAAACCCCUACAGUGGACCCUGAGUACAAUUCUAGGUAGUCCGAUAAACCCAGAUGAGCCAUUCGUCAUUCUUGAUGCCUUAAAGGAGCAGGCAGAGCUGGUGGUAAAGAAAUACCAGUCCUCCCCACUGAGUUCUACUUCCUUGUUGUUAGAUGAUGAAGUAUACACCCUCUACAAGGAUCAGUUUCCGGAAAGGUCUGCCUUUAAUCUUGUUUUAUUACAGCUGCAGAGAGAUAAGAAGAUCUGUGUUUUGCAAAGACAUGGGGAGAAGCUUGUGAAGUUUGUACAGGGUGGAAAGACUCAGGUGACCCCAAUAGGAGAAUCUGAUUUGGGCAUUUAUGAGUUGCAAAAAAGUCAGAAGCUGCUUUCACUGAGAGUGCAGAAGACGAGUGCGGAGUCUGACCGGCUGAAGGAAGAAGCAAUAAGCUUUAAAAGAGCUGGAAAUAAGCAGCAGGCUCUGCGAUGUAUGAGACGCAGGAAGUUGUCAGAACGACGGUUGUCAGAGCUGCAGAAUAAGCUGGACACUAUACAGAGCAUCCUGGAGAGAAUAUCAAUAGCAGAAACUGACCGCAUGGUGGUAUCUGCUUAUGAGGUGGGGGUAACAGCCCUGCGCACUUCACUGAAGGAUGUCAGUCUGGAGAAGACAGAGAACUUGGUGGAUCAGAUUCAGGAGUUCUGUGACCUUCAGGAUGAUGUUAGCGAGACCUUGGCUGGAGCAGUGCCUGGGGAUAUUGAUGUGGAUGCAGACGAGCUGGAGAAAGAGCUGAACGAGAUUCUCCAAGAAGUUCAUGCAGACCUUCCUGAUGUCCCUACUGGACCACUCAGAGUGGGGGGCAUCUCCCCACAAAGGCUUCCUACUCUGCAGAAUAAUAGAGCUUUUGACAUGAGUCAAUUGGAUGUAAAUCUUCCAGAUGUCCCCAUCACAGCUCCCAAGGUUCCAAUCGCUGUCUCACCUGAGAGAAAUAGAGAUGCUCCACCCCGGACACCGUAUUUAUUGCCCCAGUGAUCACCUCAGAGUCCUGAUGAUCCACCCAAUAAUGAAGUAGACUGUUCCUGUACAGGAAGUAGCUUGGCGGUUUAUUUGUAUGCAGGCGCUGUCAUUCCGUUCUGUUCUCUGCCCACCAAGUAAUCUUUAAGCUAUCCUUCCUUGCACUAUAACUUUAAAGUUGAUGUAAGCCCAAACUACAUGACAAUUUUUGCUGUUGCAGUGUGAAUCAUAAAGAUUUUUUUUUCUGCCUCUUCGAAAACACUGUUUUUGACCUAUUUAUUUUUAUUUUGCAUCUCAGUACUGCUGACUUACUGCAACCUCUUUGCAGUCACUUCCUGUCUAUGUGCUCCUCAACGAUGGCUGCAGGAAUUUUCUCAGGAUAGUCCACUUUUGUUGCCAUCAGAAAACCUAUGUCUGUCUGUACAUUGAGCAUCUGCACAGCCGCUCAUAGUCUUAACCUAAAGCUCAAGUGACAGAAUGACAAUGCAAGAGUCCAACUGGGACAUGGGUAGAAAAUGUCGUUAUCGCAUAACAAGAAGUGUCUGAACAAAUACCUUCAUAGCAGGAUCAAUGCCUAAUAUUUUAAAUAAUUCUGUAGAUUUAAAAGGAUUGAAAAUAACUUUUGACCACUUGCCGCUCGGCUAGUAUAGCACCCCCAGUGAUUACGUAUGUUAACAAGUGUCAUGUUGCAGCCAGUGUUUUCUGUUUCUUACAAUGAUUUGCACUGUAAGAAAUAUUCUGUGAUCUUUUGUUAGUAUAUCGUGUCACUAAAGCAGCCAGCCAAAGUCCCAGAUCACUAGCCACACCAGUAGAGUAUCACUGUGGUGGCUAGUGAUUAGCGACGCUGGCUGUGCUGGUGACACUGCAUGUCCCUGAUGACUUCCACGUCAGUACAGUGUCAAGAUACAAGUACAGCCAACUACAGUGUCCCUGAUGACUUCCACGUCCGUACAGUGUCGCCAUACAAGUACCGCCAACUACAGUGUCCCUGAUGAUUUCCACAUCAGUACAGUGUCACCA